GAAAAAAAAAAAAAAUUUAUUUAAAUGAGUAAUACAAUAACAGUUACCAAAAUGAAGCCAAAAAACCAGGUUGGAAAAAAAGUUAAUAAAGUAAUUAAUACUUCUUUAAUCUCUCACCAGUCACAACAACAAAAUCAAAGUCAACAACAACAACAACAGUCUCAUAUUUUAAAUAGUCAAAGUUCUUUAUCCAUAUCUCGUAAUAAACAUUGGAAAUAUAUUUCUUCUUACCAUGGACCAUGGCUUCAACUUCCUUUAGAACUUCUUGAAUCUUUAUAUGUGAUUAAUAAUGAAAAUGUUUCAACUCCUCCAUUAAUUGAUCCAAUUAUUUUUGGUAAUUUGAUAUCAAUUCGUCGUUUAGUAGAUGAGGCAGCUGAUUUAUCCGUUCGUGCAGCUGCAGGAAUUUCAACAACUGGAGGUGGUCCAACUAGAAGUUCAAUGUCUCAUACACGACAACAUCGAAUGCGUGAACUUGCUGUUAAUAAGUUAGCUCUUGCUUAUCGAAUUGAUGAAAUAGCUACAGCUGUGGUAACAAUGCAAUCUGCUAGUGCAAUUGAUGAAGUUGCUAGUAAAGUAUUAAAGAAGAAUCCUACAAAUUUGGAUGCGUUAUAUGUCAAUUUUUUUCAUGAAAAAAUUCCAUCAAGAAUGCUAUCACAAUCUACGUCCACUGACGUACUUGAUCAAAUCAUUUCAACAUCUCCAACAAUACCAGAGUUUUAUAGAACUCGUGGUGUUGUUAAAUGUUUUAAAGAGGAAUUUACUGGUGCUCUCCGUGAUUUUAAAAUGGCUUUGGCACAUGUAAAACAUCGAAAACGUGUAAAUAAUGUUUUACUUGGAAAAAAAUCUACUUUACCUCUUCAUAAUCAUCAUGGAAAUGAUGAUGACGAAUGUACAGGAACCGAAAGUCAAUUAUAUUUUUUACGUGCUGCUUGUUAUUUACAAUAUGCUAUUAGUCUAAUAGAUAAAGCAAUUCAAAAAGUUGAUGGAGUUGAAAGAAAAGAGGGUGAAGGUAGUGAAUUAAGAUUAGUGGCUGUUAAAAAAGGUACAGCUUCUAAUCAUGGAUCUUAUUCGAAAUUAGAAGAAUACAGAAAGGAACUUUUGCCAAUAAUGAAUCAAGUACAGAAUUUGGCAAAACGUUCGGUGAGAAAUUAUACUCAUUUUCUUAGUUUUUAUCCUAACUCAUUACCACCUUUUUCACCUAUGAAUGAUGAAACUGCUUCAAAAGGUAGUACACCUGUAACCUCAAGGGAUUCUUCCCCUGCUAGGUCGUUUAAAGAAAAAGAAGAUAAUGGUUGUUGUUCUUCUUCUUCUUCAAAUGGUCAUAAUGAUCACCAGCCUAAUACAAAGUUUUUUGAAAGAACAAGAAAAUUUACUGAAAAAGUUACUGGGGUAUCAUCUGAUAACGGAAAUAGUUCCUCUACAGCUAUUUCAACUUUUCCUAAAGACCAUCAUCAUCACCAUCACCAUCAUCAUCAUCAUCAUCAUCACCACCACCAUCCUCAUAAUUUUCAUGGAUUUCAACAAACUCACACUUUUGCUACUUAUCAUCCGUUACUUAUUGAAGCUUGGUAUGCUAUAGCGAUCAAUUAUGUACUUAUUGGUGAUAUUCAUACUGGGGCUAUGUGGCAUUCACGUACUUCUGAAAUGCAUGAAUGUAUUGAUGGAUAUCCAGUUUUUCUUCCAGCCAGGUCAAUGGCACAAGCGGACUAUAUGGAAGUUUUGGAAAGAAUUAAGAAAUCUAUUAGUUUAUCACAACAUGAAAAAUUAAGAGAAUUAAUAGAAGUAGUUAAACAAAAAGAAAAAGAAAGAGAAGAAAAAGAACGUGAAUGGGUUAAACAUCAUCAUCAUCAUCAUAGGAUGCUUUUAGCUGCAGCAGAAGAAGAAAAGGAAGUGAAUGAAGGAAAAAAAUUUGUAAAAAUUGGAAAAAGAUCAAAAAAUUUGAAACAAGGAAAUAAUAAUAAUAAUAUUACACCUGUUAUAGGUAUUGAUGGUCAAAGACAUCAUCCUUGUUGUCCUCUUGCACCCGGAAAUCAUUCAUCUUCAAAAGAACAUAAUAAUCAUCAUGUUCAUCACCAUUCUCAUAAUUCUGGUUCUUCUAUUUCAGCUUCGAAUAGUUCUUAUUCAAAUAAUAGUAAUGGUAGUUCAGGUCCAAGGCAAUACCCUUUACAUACUCAACGUGCUGAUUCUGUUAUGAUGUGGCUAAAAGCUAUAAUUUUAAGACAAAAAGAAAAUGAUGGCAAAGCAUCUGUUGCUGCUAAUACUAAUGGUGAAGUUAAGCCUAUGAUGAAUGGUACGAGCACGAAAAUUAUUGAUAAUAUUUGAAGUUUAAAAUGAUAUUGCGAAAAUGCGAAAAUUAUUUAAGAAAAGUUCUUUUAUCUUGUUUAAUAACUAGUUUCCAUUAAAAAAUAUAUAUAUAUAUACAUAUUUAUUUGAUCCAGAAUAAUAAUAAAAUGAAAACUAUGAAAGUUAAAUUAUUAAGAUUUAAUUGAUAUCAUUGUAUUAUUGCUUUUUUUUUUA